AUGAAUAUGUACAACGCCAGCCAUUUUGUGGAGGAUUCCAGACCAUACGUAGUUCCAGCAGUUCUUUGUUAUGGUGAUGAGACAGCAGGCGUGGAAUGCAAGGCAGCUUCCUACACUCUGGAGUCAACAUGCUCUCCUUCUUUCUAUACUGGAGUCACAUGCUCAGGGUUCACAGGGUUCAGGCUGGUGAACGGCAGCACCCAGUGCUGGGGGAGAGUGGAGGUCCAGAAAGUGUUGUUCAGUUCAUUUUCUCUCUCACCAUCACUUAUACUGUUGAAUGGAGAGAGCUGGUGCGAUGGGCAAGUCGAGAUUUCCCUCGGUGGAACAUGGAGCAGAGUCCUGGAUGAUCAAUGGGACAUGAAUGAUGCCAGCGUGGUGUGCAGGCAGCUGCAGUGUGGAGCUGCUGAGAAAGCCUAUCACCCUGCAAAGUCUGAGCGCGGGACAGGUCCUGUGGGGUUCAGAAGUGUCCAGUGUGCUGGACACGAGUCUAAUCUGAUGCUCUGUAACAACUCCCUGUCUGAGGCAAUGCAGGCUGGGAUAGCAGAAGACGUCAGUGUUGUUUGUGCAGGAAGCAGGAAGAUCAGACUGGUGAAUGGGGCAGGUCGCUGUGCUGGGAGAGUGGAGGUUUAUUACCAGGGCACCUGGGGGACUGUUUGUGAUGAUUCCUGGGACUUGUCUGAUGCCAGCGUAGUUUGCCAACAGCUGGGAUGUGGACACACCAUUGAGGUAUCUGCCUCUGCUCACUAUGGGGAAGGCUCAGGGCAGAUCUGGCUGGAUGAUGUGAAAUGCACUGGGAAUGAGUCGGAGCUGUGGGCAUGUCCUUCCAGGAGCUGGGGCCAACACAACUGCCGACACAAAGAGGAUGCAGGAGUGCUCUGUUCAGAGUUCAUGAAUCUGAGGCUGGUGAAUGGUGGUGACUGUGCUGGACGGUUGGAGGUUUUCUACAAUGGGACAUGGGGGAGUGUUUGCUCCAAUCGAAUGACUGAUAUCACCAUUGAAAUUAUAUGCAAGCAGCUCAGCUGUGGAGUUGGAGGGGCACUUGCAAUUGAAUCUGCCUAUGGAGCAGGUUCUGGUCCCACAUGGCUGGACCACAUUGAGUGCUGUGAGCAUCACGGUUCCCUUUGGCAGUGCCCAUCAGAGUCAUGGGAUCUUCAGCUGUGUGAUGACCGGGUAGAAGAGACCCACAUUUCUUGCAGUGGAGGAAAAGAAAACAGUACACAAAACUCAUUUGCUGCGUGCCCAGGCUCUACAAACUGCACAGACAAGAAAAAGCUCCGUGUUGUGCAAGGAAAGGAUGGACGUUCGGGGAGAGCAGAGGUUUGGCACCACGGCUCCUGGGGAACGGUGUGUGAUGACUCCUGGGACAUGGCAGAUGCAGAAGUCGUGUGUAAACAACUGGGCUGUGGACCUGCUGUGUCUGCCCUGGGUGAAGCAGCAUUCGGGGAGGGGACUGGCCCCAUCUGGCUGGAGAAGUUGGACUGUUGAGGGACAGAGUCAUCUCUGUGGCACUGUCCUGCGAAGCACUGGGAGGAUGGUAACUGCCACCAUAGAGAAGAUGCUGCUGUGAAUUGCUCUGGAAUUGACUAUUAG